UGCCACACUGCACACCGAGUAAAUUGUAAAUAUUUCUCUGGAACUGGAAUUCGGCCAAAAUGAAUUGUUGCAUUUGCCAGUUUUCUGUGCGUGUUUCAAAAAAUAUACAUACUGAAACAGUGGGGCGCCCGCCAGUUCUGCUCAGUGAAUUGGUUCUACAGUGCACAAAGGGCACCAACUACGAGCUGAGCGAUGAGGCGUCGACGAUAUGUAAAAAAUGCUGUGAGAAGCUGACGCGGUACCACAAGUCAGUACAAAUCGCCAGGAAGCUGCGUGCGGAGAUUCUGGAACUGAUAAGCAGUCCGUUUACCACAAAGGCCCUCAGAAGAGUGGCGUCGAAGAGUGACAUCCAGGUGGAGCACAUCGACCAAUUCGAUGAGGACGCUGAGGAGGAGGAGUACCUGGAACUGGAAACAGAGACAGUCGAGACAGAGACAGUCGAGGAUGCAGGCACAAUAACAGAAGAAGAAGAGGGUGAAGAGCAUUCCUUCAUCCUGAAGGAUGCGAUUAUCGAAGAGGAUGAAGAGCUACAGUCGGUCGACCUGGAGCUAAACAUCGGAAACGAAAUCAUUAUAAAUGAUGAGGAAGCCUUGGAGGAGGGGGAAAUGCAGCUGAAGGAUGAGGCAGGCGGAGAUGAACUAUUCAAGGAGGAGACCAUUAGUGACUUUGACGACCACCUGGAUAACACAAUCGAAUUUCUCGACUCGGAUGUCGAAGAUGAACAGGACCAGGACAGCUCCGGCGACUACACCGUAAACAUUCAGUGCCCGAGUUGCCCCGAGAAGUUUGGCAGCCGGCGCGGCUACAAUGCCCACACAAAGCGCGAACACUUCCCGGGCUAUGUCUGUGAUCAGUGCGGGAAGACCUUGCAAUCGUAUUCCGGCUUCAUUGGUCACCUGCAGAACCACGAGCCUGUCAAACAGUUUGCCUGCCCCGAGUGCCCCGAGCGCUUUAGUCGCAAGUUCCGGCUGAAGCAUCACAUGGCCUGGCACACCGGAGAGACGCCCUACCAGUGCGAGGUGUGCUCCAAGCGCUUUGUCCACAAGGUGGCGCUGUACAAACACAAAAUGAUACACGACAACGAGACGAAGCGACUGGAGUGCCAGGUGUGCGGCUUCAAGACCCGAACGAAAGCCCACUUGGAGCGCCACACGCGCUCCCACACCGGCGACAAGCCCUUCGCCUGCCCCAUGUGCAAUAAGCGCUUCUCUCAAAUGUACAACAUGAAGGCACAUUUGCGGGAACACGAGACUCCUGGCACGAACAGACAUCGGCGCUUUCACUGCUCCAAAUGCACUCACACCUUUAUCAAUGAACAGAACUACGUGAGCCACGUAGAACGGGACGACUGCACCGCUGUUUAGUAGAGAUUUUAGUGCAUUACGUGGAGCAGAGCCUUACAAUUAGAAUUAAGCGAGGGAAGGAGCAGUCAGUGGCUGCUCAAAUCCGAUGGAAAUUAGUUCUCUCAAA